CUCUCACUCUCUCCGUUGUUUCGGCCGCACGUCUCUUCUCCACUUUCCCCUCCAUUUUACAUCUAUACCCCUCCGCGGUCUUCACCAAUUUUGUUCUCGGCCUCGAUUCCGAUCCCUCUCCGUCCUCCCCAUGGCCAUGGGGCUCUCCACCGCCAAACCCUACCACCGACGCCUCUUCCUCCUCCUACUCCGGUGCACCAGAACCGCCGAGCCCUCGCCAAAAUGUCCCCAUCACCGCCCCUUGUCCUGUUCCUCCCCCGCCGCCGCUGCCGAAGCCACCCACCUCCGCCGCAUAUUCCGCCCCGGCGAUCCCAACAGGUUCGCGCCCGGAAUUCUCGACGCUUUUUGGGGCGUGCGGCGGUUCUCGACCUCUGUCGAUCCGAUCUCUGGCGGCGAUAAGAACCUCGAGAGGAUUUUCAUCCAGAACAUGUCCGUGAAGCCCAUCGUGGUCGAUGGAGUUGAUGCCGUGCCGAUUGAGGAUGAGAGGAAAGAAGAGGUUGAUACGGUAGUGGCGGACGUGGAGGAGGGAAAAGAGGAGCUUUGCGGUGGUAAGGUUGGGGAUUUGGACCAAUUGGAGGGUGGCUUGGAAGUACGGCAGGAGAAAGAGCAGUCGGAGGUGGAGAAGGAGGCCUGGAGGCUUUUGGACAGGGCAGUCGUGAGCUAUUGCGGGAGACCAAUUGGCACCGUGGCUGCCAAUGAUGUGACGGCGGCGAACCAAGCUGUGAACUACGAUCAGGUGUUUAUCAGGGACUUCGUACCAUCUGCCCUAGCUUUCCUGCUUAAGGGGGAAAGCGAGAUCGUCCGCAAUUUCCUCCUCCAUACUUUGCAGCUUCAGAGCUGGGAGAAAACAGUUGACUGCUACAGCCCUGGACAAGGGCUGAUGCCGGCUAGCUUUAAAGUGAGAACUGUACCUUUGGAUGGAAGUAAUGAAGCAUUUGAAGAGGUUUUGGAUCCUGAUUUUGGAGAGUCAGCAAUUGGACGUGUAGCACCAGUUGAUUCUGGACUAUGGUGGAUUAUACUGUUAAGAGCAUAUGGAAAGAUAACUGGGGAUUAUGCAUUACAAGAGAGAGUGGAUGUACAAACAGGCAUCAGGUUGAUUUUAAAUUUAUGUUUGUCAGAUGGCUUUGACAUGUUCCCAUCUCUAUUGGUCACAGAUGGUUCAUGUAUGAUAGAUCGAAGGAUGGGUAUCCAUGGGCACCCUCUUGAGAUCCAAGCAUUGUUCUAUUCAGCUUUGCGGUGCUCUCGUGAAAUGAUCACUUUUAAUGAUGGAUCUAAAAAUCUGGUACGUGCUAUUAAUAACAGGCUCAGUGCUCUGUCUUUCCACAUUAGGGAGUAUUAUUGGGUUGAUAUGAAGAAGAUAAAUGAGAUUUAUCGCUACAAGACCGAAGAGUACUCCCAUGAUGCUAUUAACAAGUUCAAUAUUUAUCCUGAACAAAUUCCAUCUUGGCUAGUUGAAUGGAUGCCUGAUAAAGGUGGCUAUUUUAUUGGCAAUCUCCAGCCAGCUCACAUGGAUUUCAGGUUCUUUUCCCUUGGUAAUUUUUGGGCUAUUGUUUCUUCACUAGCCACACCAAGACAGGCAGAGGGCAUUCUCAAUUUAAUUGAAGAUAAAUGGGAUGAUAUUGUGGGACGUAUGCCACUCAAAAUAUGCUACCCUUCUUUAGAAUAUGAGGAAUGGCGUAUAAUCACUGGCAGUGAUCCGAAGAACACGCCGUGGUCAUAUCACAAUGGUGGAUCUUGGCCUACACUUCUGUGGCAGUUCACAUUGGCUUGCAUUAAGAUGGGCAGGUCAGAGUUAGCACAAAGAGCUGUUGCAGUGGCCGAGAAGAGAUUGCCAGUUGACAAGUGGCCAGAAUAUUAUGACACACGUAGUGGAAGAUUUAUUGGGAAGCAAUCACGGCUGUAUCAGACGUGGACCGUAGCUGGAUUCCUUACUUCCAAAAUGCUUCUGGAAAAUCCAGCUGCAGCAGCUGUAUUGACAUGCGAUGAAGAUCUCGAGCUUCUUCAAGGCUGUGCUUGUAGUCUAAGCAAGAAUGCCCGAAUCAAGUGCUCCCGCCUUGCAGCCAAAUCACAGGACAUGAAAUAGAGGGUGGAUUCAUUUCACGCUGGGAUAAUAACGAUAGAUCUCAGAGUGUAAUACUUGAAUCAUUGCUAAUUUUGUACCUGGAGAUCCAAUAUUUUCCAACACAAGGUACUGGCCCAUAGUCCUAACAUUUAUGUUCGAUAAAUUUGUACAUAUCAACAUACUUAUCUGUCACAAGCUUGUUUUGCUAUCAAGAUGUAGUUCACAACUGUAGUUUGAACAGAAAUGUUAAAUGUUUGGGCAACCAAGUGAGCUAUAGUUAUUUUAUUUAUUUCUUUUGUAUGCUUGUUCUUGCAAGAAACUUUUGGGAGUUCACGAUUGAAUUCUUUUAGAUUGCUUGUUCAAGGUGCAGUUAGGCGGCUGCAGAAAUCGAAUUAUCAACUCACAAGAGAACAUCUCAUUGAAGCAAUAUCAUGAAUAUUGCAGUUUGUUCUACCUUUUCCUUGGUUUCUUUGGUGUUCUGAUGAGAUCUGGUUGCAGUAUCAUGGAUAGUUUCUUGAUGAAGUUGUUUUCUGGAAUCUGGAGCACCAUCAAGUGUGUGGUUGAGUUAUUGAGCUGAUGAUGUAUCUCCUCCUGUUUCAAUAAUGUUGAUCUCAGCACCCUGACGGGUGCACUCAAUUUUGCAUUAAUGGUUUCAGAGAUCUCACCAAACCCCUCACGAAGAGUCUGUAAGCUUUCACCUUCAAGGCCGCAAUGGAGUAAAGCCCGACUUCAGUGCGUGCAUGUGCAUGUCGACAGACUCGUACAAGCUCAUACACCACCACCAUGCUUUUCUUUGGCCACUGAGUUGGAGCAUUCAUUCGGCUAUAACUUCCUUCGCAUGUGAUCUGCUGAUUCCAUGUCAGACAUAUCUGAAUUCCCAAAUCUGCACUCGACUCAGAUUGAGGGAAAAAAGAAAAAGAAAAAGGUAAAUUGGUACAUCAUUGAGGCCUCUCUCUCCGGUAUAAGUAGGAAUGGAGAGUGGAGCAAAGGUCCGUUGAACAUGGAGAAGUCGAGCAUGGUGGUGGUGCUGUUCCUUGCAUUGUUUCUGUCUUCCUUUGCCGGAGGCCUUGAAGCAAGAGAACUCAAGAACGAGCCCAUGUCGUACCAGCCUCAGAACUUCCCUGGAGCAUUUGGAGGCUUCCCGGGCUUUGGUUUCGGCCAGCCACUCCGUGGAUCCAUCCCCACCAUUCCGGGCUUCGGAAACUUGCCAGGGAUUCCCGGCGGCGGCAUUGGCGGCCGUCAGGUUGCUACGCCAUGAUCGAGUGGGGCAGUGCCAUCAAGCUCGUGCUGUGAUCAUCAAUCGUAUGUGUGAAGAGCAGCUAUAUAUAUGUAGGUUGCUGCGGUUGUGGUUUCUUGCUUUGUGAUCAGGAAAGAGUUGUGAGAGAGUUCUAAGUUAGCUCUUGGUUUGCUGUGUGUUGUUUGCCUGCAUGCUAAUGUUGUGAUUGCUUUCGUCUUUCUGGACUAGUGAAGACUCUGUUUGUUUUC